GUUUUUUCUCAGGUCACUCCCUCCCCGUUGCUGUCAGUGCUUUCAUACGCGUUCAAACAACUUGCUGGCACAGUACCAUUUUUCUUGUGUUAGAGUUGUUUUUUUAUGUUUUGGGAUAUUUUACGAGUUUUGUAAUGUGUUAAAGUUUCUUCUGUUGCGGUUGUCUCGUAUGAAAAGUGUAGCACUUAUUGCUUUUCAGCUCAAAAGCAGCGGGGAAAAUGUCCAGCUGAGGAGCGGAAAUCCUGAGAGCUCUGGGCCUGUUUUGGUAAUGAUUGGUCAACUGUUUCGACAAUGGCAGUAAAGGCAAAAGUUUUAUACGACUUCACUGCAGAACCUGGCAACAAUGAGUUGACGGUUAAAGAAAAUGAGACAAUCACAAUCACCAAUCAGAGUAUUGGAGGCGGUUGGGUGGAAGCACAAAACUCCAGAGGGGAAGUAGGAUUAGUACCAGAAGACUACAUUGAGGUGUCCGCAUCCUUACCAUCCUUCCCCGCUGCAGCUCCUCCUGCUCCCAGUCAAGGAAAUGUGGCUGCUCCAGACCUGUCUUUCUUUGACGCUUUUGCCCCUGCCUCUGCCCCACCUCCUGUUCAGGCGAGUAAUGGUAAUGAUCCCUGGUCAUCGUGGAAUGCUGAUCCUUCGGGAGGCUCUUCCAACAAUUGGGCAUCCAACCCAGAGGGCACUCAGACUGGGAAGAGUGCAGCAGCAGACCCCUGGGGCUCUGUGUCCCAUGGCCAUCCUCAGGCUUAUCAAGGACCAGGAGCUGAAGACGAUGAGUGGGAUGAUGAGUGGGACGACAGAUCUGGAGGUUAUGCAGACUCUGAAGCUGGAGAGGGUGGAGCCAUGCAAAGAGCUCAUACAAUGAAAAUAUCCCUCAACAAGUUUCCCUUCUCAAAGUCUGGUCCAGAGCUAUUCCUCCUUUGCAAACAACUUACUAAAGGCAAAGAGAGGCUCCCAAUUUAUAUGGGAGAAGUUGGCGCAGUUUGGUCUUACCCAGAAACACAGUUAGACUGUGUUGUAGCUGACCCUAAAAAAGGCUCAAAGAUGUACGGCCUCAAGAGUUACAUUGAAUAUCAAAUUACACCCAAUACCACAAAUAGACCUGUCAAUCACAGAUACAAGCACUUUGAUUGGCUGUAUGAGAGACUCCUGGACAAAUUUGGGUCAGCCAUUCCCAUCCCAUCUUUACCAGACAAGCAAGUGACAGGACGAUUUGAAGAGGAGUUUAUUAAAAUGCGUAUGGAGCGGUUGCAGGGCUGGAUGACUAGAAUGUGUCGGCACCCGGUUGUUUCAAAUAGUGAAGUGUUUCAACUUUUUCUCACCUACAAAGACGAGAAGGAUUGGAAAAUGGGCAAGAGAAAAGCAGAGAAAGAUGAGACUGUUGGAGUAAUGAUUUUCUCCACAAUAGAGCCUGAAGCCCCAGAUCUGGACCCACUGGAAGUGGAGCAGAAGUGUGAGCAGUUCAGCAGGUUUACCAAAGCCAUGGAUGACGGUGUGAAGGAGAUCCUCACUGUGGGCCAUGAGCACUGGAAGAGAUGCACAGGCCCAUUACCCAAGGAGUAUCAGAGGAUCGGCAAGGCUUUCCAAAACUUGUCCUCUGUUUUUACGAGCAGCGGUUAUCAGGGUGAAGCCACCCUCACAGAUGCCAUGACUGAGGCAGGAAAGACCUAUGAGGAGAUUGCUCAGUUGGUUGCAGAACAGCCUAAAAAAGACCUCCACUUUGUCAUGGAAACCAACAAUGAAUACAAGGGGCUGCUGGGCUGCUUUCCUGACACCAUUGGAGUCCAUAAGGCUGCAAUAGAUAAAUUAAAAGAAGGUGACAAACUGGUUGCAGCUGGUAAAAUCACAGCUCAGGAUAAAGUGACCAUGGCCAAACGUGUCAGCACUAUGUCUUAUGCAUUACAAGCUGAAAUGAACCACUUCCAUAAUAACCGAAUCUAUGACUACAACCGAGUCAUGCAGCAGUACCUCGAGGAGCAAAUCAAGUUUUACGAGACGAUCGCAGCAAAACUGAGACAUGCACACAGUCAGUUCACCACUAUGUGAGAACCGAGACUGUCACACUACAAGAACCCCUCCAAUAUUCCUGUUUGUACUGCUUUCUUUUGGCCACAUUUUAUUUAAGUUUUAAUUUCCUUCACCUGUGCCUUAGAAAAUAUAACUGUAACAACAGAAUUUUCAGCAGGGCUCCAGCAGCAGAAGAGUCCAAAGUCAGUGUAAAAUACUUUUUCAUUUCAAAAUAAUUAGGCAAACAGUACUGUGCAAAGGUCUGAGGCAAGUUUUUUUUUAAGAAAAGCUAUAAGCAGAGGUGGGAGGUGUAUUUUGGAAAGUAUAUAAUCUAUAAUUAAAACUAUUGAAAAUGACCUCAAAAAGAGACAGAAACUUCUAGUGUAGUCUCCCCUUUGUGGUUAUUUUAAUAAUCUUUUCAUUUAAUAACAAAAUGUAGAUUUUCAUUUUUGUCAAUAUUGCCCACGCCUAACUAUCCAUGGGUUUUAGAAUGAUUAAAAACUAGAAUAGCUGCCAUAGCGAUUAACAAUUUAUACCAUUCAAAAGAUGUAUUUUGUUUUAAUGUUCUCAAAAAACAGAAAGCCAUGAAUAAGUAUGUGUGUGUGUUCUACAUGUGUUAAUUGUAUUGGUCACACCUUUGCACAUUACUGUAUAUUAAAGUCAAAUUGAAUAUUGUAGUUUUUUGUAGUAUAAUAUUGUUGCCUUUUGCUGAUACUGCCUUGUCUUGUUCAGCCUUUGCACUUCCUUCAAACAGGAAACUCCCAUCUCCUUCCUCCAGUGCCUCCUCACGUGCCUUAUAUUAUUGUACAAAACAAAAGUGCUUGGAUUGUCUGCCCUGACGAGCAUACUAUAUUUCUGCAGUUUACAUUUUACACAGUUAUUUUUUAAUUUUGAACACAAUAAAAGUGAAAAUGAAAAACGCCCCAAUGAAGAGAGACUUUAGAUUUUGGUGAAGAAUGUUUGUCCCUAGAAAUAGUUGUUUUAUAUGAAGGCGUAUUAAGCACUAAUAAAUGUAACAAUCUGUACUAUAAGAGCUCUGGUCAUGGCCUGGAGAAUAUGUGAUGUAUGCAAUUUUACUUCUGCUUUUCACCAGCUUGCAAUCAGCCUAAUCUUAUACACUUUUUACUUUCUUAUGACAUCCUAUAUAAGACAUUCUGUGUAAGUAAUAAGACAAAUAGAAAUGUAACUAUAUACUUUGAGCCCGUCCGGUGCACCAUCAAUAUUUUAUGUAUAGAGCUAUGCCAUUUGUAACUAAAUUCUGUUUGAUUUAUUAAACAAUGAUUUGUACUCGUUCUGCUCUGA